AUGGGGAUUUUCAGAUCAGAAGAUAUGUCUUUAUACGAAAUUACCAUCCCAAGAGACAAUGCCUGGGAGAUCAUGAAUCAGCUAGGUAACCUCAGCUGUGCUCAUUUCAUGGACCUCAACCGAGAAGAGCAAGUGUUUAAUCUUCCAUACGCUAGGAUGCUCAAAAGAUGUGAAGACACUAAAUAAAAUAGAAUUUAUUGAGCAAGAGUGUAUUCGCAACAAUGUUGAGAUGAAACCUCCCAAAAACAUCGAAGAUUUCUUGAAUAAGGUUAAUAGCAUCUCUGAAGUGGGCAGAGCCCAGAACCUAUUCUUUGAAGAAAUUGAAAAAGAAAUUAAUGAAAAAGAGGAUUUUAUCCAAGAACAAGUAAGAAAAGAAAAGGACAUCUUUGACAGCUAUAUUCUUCUAAAGGAGUACAAGAAAGUUCUUGAAUUGAGUAAGGAGAUGAUGAUCGUGGCUCAAUCUAGUCAGAUAGACAAGGCUGAACCUCCUGUCAACUUUGGAAUCAAUGCUGAGGGAGAUAACCCAUCUCAAAAUCCUGAAGUAAACGAGCACUUAUUGUCAAAUAAUACUAUUAUCAAAGUCUCCAACGUGAUUGGGACUAUCGAAAGGGAAGAGAAAGAUCGGUUCAAUAAAAUGGUAUUCCGGGCAACUAGAGGCAACGCACUGACCCACUUCAGGGACUUUGACAAGCCUCUGAUCGAUUAUUCUGGAAAGAAGGUUUACAAGACCGUCUAUGUCGUAAUGUACCCAGAUGGAGAAUCUGUGAAAAAUAAAAUUGAGAAGAUCUGAGACUCCUUCAUGGGCGAGAGAUAUGACAUCCCUCUUGAAGACAUUGAUGAUAAAAUUAGUGAAAUUAAAAAGAAAAUUACUGAGACAAAGGAAAUGGUCUUAGUUAUCCAAAAGGAGUUACAAAAUUAUCUAAUUUCUAUAAACACUCUCGAAGACUCAGAUUGCUCAGCCAUCCAAGUCUACAAGUGGUAUAUUGCUAAAGAGAAGAUUUUAUAUUCAACACUGAACAAGCUCAAGGCUGGAGAGAAGUUACUCAUCGGGUUAUUCUGGCUCCCAGAUUGUAAAAUAUCCGAACUAAAUGAAGCUAUUGAGCACAUCAGAGAAGAUAGGAACAUCUCAGGUCCUCAGAUUUGGAAGAGAGAGUCUCAUAAUAUUGCCCCUCCUACUUAUUUCAAGCUAAAUGAGUUUACUGCUCCCUUUCAGGAGAUCACAAAUACUUAUGGAGUCCCAGACUACAAAGAAGUCAAUCCUAGUUUAUUUGGGAUUGUUACAUUCCCUUUUCUUUUCGGUGUUAUGUUUGGAGAUAUCGGUCAUGGUUUCCUCCUUUUCAUGGCUGGCACCUUAUUCUGACUUUUCGAUAAGAAGCUCAAAGACUCAAUGAUAGGAAGCCUUGUUGAAGCAAGGUACAUGAUUGUACUCAUGGGCUUCUUUUCAAUCUUUAAUGGUGUUUGAUAUAACGAUUUCAUGUCAAUUCCUGUCUGGGUAGAGACAUGAUUUAAUAUCUCCGACCAAGGUCCAAUACAUGAAGUUUCUCUAAGAGAUGAUUGAGUACUCCCCAUAGGUAUAGAUCCAGCAUGGUUUCUGUCCUCAAACGUUCUAACAUUCACGAACAGCUUCAAGAUGAAGAUGGCUGUUAUAUUCGGUGUUGCACAAAUGUCUCUAGGAAUUCUAAUGAAAGCAUUUAAUUCCUUGUAUUUUGGAAGGACUGUAGAAUUCUUCUUUGAAUUUAUCCCCCAAAUUAUCCUUCUUUGGGUACUUUUUGGCUUUAUGAACGUCUUGAUUAUUGUAAAAUGGCUUGCAGAUUGGCAAGGAAGGACUGACAGAGCUCCAGGAAUUAUCUCUGUGAUGAUAAACAUGUUUCUCAGCCAAGGAGCAGUAGACAAAGGGGUUGACCCUCUCCUAUUCAAUGAAAAUACUCAGAAGAUGAUCUCAAUCGGGUUAUUACUAAUAGCCUUUAUCUGUGUUCCAAUUAUGCUUCUAGUAAAACCUCUCUGGUAUAGAUGUAAAGUUGGAAAGAACCUUACUAAGAGCAAAGGAAAGAAAAAAAAAUACAACAAACUAUCAGAAGAGGAUAAAGAAGAUAGUGUUCAAACUAUAGAACAACUUGAUGAUGGCAGAUCAAGUACUGCAACAUUGAAAAAGGAGCCAUUAGAUAUGGACGAAAUCAUUCGUCAGCAAGGAGGCGAUGAUCACCCACAUGCUUUCAGCGAGGUUUUCAUCCACCAGCUGAUAGAGACGAUUGAAUUUGUGUUAGGAACAAUAUCAAACACAGCUUCGUACUUAAGACUGUGGGCACUCUCACUUGCUCAUAGUCAGCUUGCAGAUGUCUUUUUCGAAAAGUUGCUAAACACAAUGGCUCUUGAACCUGCGAGAUGGUACAUGUUAUUCCUCUUAUUUCCCAUAUUCUUUAGCUUCACCUUCUUCGUCCUGAUGCUGAUGGACUGAAUGGAAUGCUUCUUACACACAUUGAGGCUGCACUGGGUUGAGUUCCAGAAUAAGUUCUAUAAAGGAAAUGGGUACUUGUUUACCCCAUUUUCGUUCAACAUAAUUUGAUAAAAGUUC